GGAACAGUUAGAGACUCGAUAGCUGAGCCUUGAUGGAUUAAAGCUUAGGUACCUAGGUACAUGAACCUAACCGUCAGGUCCCAACUCCAAUUUCUGGGAAAGCACCUGGGCAACCCCGCUGUGACGAAGCUCUGCCCCUCUAUAUUCCGUAUUCCGUACUAAGCUCUACUUUAUUUUUAGAGCUUGACAAACUUCAACAUCGACUACUAUUUUGACUAUUAUUUUUGAACAUACAAGCCAACACUUCUACCUCUACUCCCCAAACACCUAAAACUAACAAACGCCAACCAUGGCAGCGCACAUAACCUCGCCUAACGAGCCAUUCCCACGGCCCGAGGACAUCGCGCAAGCGACGACAUCGCACCGGCAAGGCUCGUUCAUAAUCUCAACGCGAAAACUGCCCAUCUCUAAAGCCGGUCCCAUCGAAGCUAUGGAGCACGAGCUAGGCAUCCCCGUGCCCGAGAUGAUCUUCGGCGACAACCUCGUUUCUAUACGCCACGCGCCCUCUGGCUGGGCAGUCGAGUUCAACGCUCGCGAUGCUUUAGACGCGGUGGAUAAGACCGAUCGGAACAUGCUCCAGGUCGCUUACGCCAAGAGCUGGUCUGCUAGCCGCGAACAGACCAGUGCUGGCAUUAAGGACGUAGUCAGGCCGUACGAUUGGAGCUACAGCACUACGUACCGAGGCACCGUCGUCCCGCCCUCGUCUCGAGCUCCUCCUCCCCCGCCGCCGCUGGGUCCGGCAGCCACCGAGAACGACACCACCAACACGGAAGAAGAAGAAGAAUCCAAGAACCCAAGCGAGCAGCAGGAGAUAGCAGGGGCCCAGAAGAAGAAGAACAAGUUCGAAUUCGCGCCCUCAAACAAUCCCAUCCCAAUCGAACUUCUGAAACGGCGGGACCCGAUCCUCUUCUUCGACGAGGUCAUGCUGUACGAGAGCGAGCUCGACGACAACGGCAUCAGCGUCCUCAGCGUGAAGCUGCGCGUCCACGAGCGCCGCAUGCUGCUGCUAUCUCGGCUCUUCAUGCGCCUAGAUAACGUCGUCGUGCGCAUCCGCGACACCCGCGUGUACGUGGAUUUCGCGGCUGAGGAGGUCACGCGCGAGUACACGGCCAAGGAGAUGGGGUUCGAAGAUGUCAAGCGGAAACUGCUCAUGACGGGCCUGGUGCCCGACGCUGUGACGAUAGCGUUGCGUGACGCUAAUAAGAUCGCCGACUUGCUUCCUACGGUGGAGCAGACUCUGGAAAGCAUCUCGCUGAGAUCGUAGACCUUGGAUACGAACGGGGUCAUCUCGAAUUCCGAGAGCUUAUUUCUAAGGAUCGGAUUUGAUUGAUUGAUCGGGGACCGUACGAGUAAUAAGUAGAGAGGGAGGUUUAUGAAUUGUACGAAAUGCAUGGUUUGGCGUUCACGGAGUCGGGCAUGAGUAGGUAGAGUUUUGGCUCCGGAAAGGUAUACAUACGUUCACAAGUGAACGGUUCGAUACACGAUCACACG